CGUUAAAAUAAACAAGGCGGUACUGCCUCUUUUUCUGCCGCCCCCGCCGGCGCAAAGUGGUUUCUCCCGACGCCUGCCGGGCGGGCCCAUUCCGUGAAGCCGGGGGAGGGAGGAAGCCUUGCAGGGGGCGACCGGGAGGAGGCGUGGCCAUCCCUCCGGAGGCGAGCGUGGCACGGCCCACAGCGGCGGCCGGAGCGAGGCGGGCGAGACCAACGGGGCGCCGCGGGGGGAGGCAAGAGGACAAGCGGGCGAGGCGGCGGGAGAAGCGCUAAGAUGGCGUCGGCUGGGCCCGAAUCCGGGGGAAGCAGCAGCAGCAGUAGCGGAGCCGCCACGGCCUUUAGCUUCCUCUGCUGCUCCGUGAUGCCCUCUCGAAGACGCAGAUGGGCGCCCGGAGCAACGACCUUCAAAAAGUCCUUGGAGGUGCCAGGCUCCUCUGGGCACGGGUCCUCACAGACAAUCAAGAAGGGCCACCGGGGCGUGGAUUCCAGCGGAGAGACCACCUACAAGAAGACGACUUCCUCGGCUCUCACAGGUGCCAUCCAGCUGGGCAUCACCCACACGGUGGGCAGCCUCAGCACCAAGCCGGAGCGGGACGUCCUGAUGCAGGACUUCUACGUGGUGGAGAGCAUCUUCUUCCCCGGCGAAGGCAGCAACCUGACCCCGGCCCACCACUACAACGACUUCCGCUUCAAGACCUACGCCCCUGUGGCCUUCCGCUACUUCCGGGAGCUUUUCGGCAUCCGGCCCGACGACUACUUGUGCUCCCUCUGCAGCGAGCCGCUGAUCGAGCUCUCCAACUCCGGCGCCAGCGGCUCCAUCUUCUACGUCUCCAGCGAUGACGAGUUCAUCAUCAAGACCGUCCAGCACAAGGAGGCUGAGUUUCUGCAGAAGCUGCUGCCGGGCUACUACAUGAACCUGAACCAGAACCCCCGGACGCUGCUGCCCAAGUUCUACGGCCUGUACUGCGUCCAGGCGGGAGGCAAGAACAUCCGCAUCGUGGUGAUGAACAACCUGCUGCCCCGCUCGGUCCGGAUGCACCAGAAGUACGACCUGAAGGGCUCCACCUACAAGCGCCGGGCGUCGCAGAAGGAGCGUGAGAAGGUCUUCCCCACCUACAAGGACCUGGACUUCGUGCAGGAUGUCCCCGACGGGCUCUUCCUGGACGCCGACAUGCACAGCGCCUUGUGCAAGACCCUGCAGAGGGACUGCCUGGUCCUGCAGAGUUUCAAGAUCAUGGAUUACAGCUUGCUGGUGGCCAUCCACAACCUGGACCUGGCCCAGCGGGAACGGGCAGUAGCCGACGGGGCUUCCCUGGCGGACACGAGGCGGCCGGCCGGCCAGAGGGCCCUCUACUCCACCGCCAUGGAGGCCAUCCAGGGAGAGGCCCGGCGGGGGGGCACCAUCGAAACAGACGACCAGAUGGGCGGGAUCCCAUCCCGAAACGCCAGGGGGGAGAGACUGCUCCUCUACGUGGGGAUCAUCGACGUGCUGCAGUCCUACAGGUUUAUGAAGAAGCUGGAGCACUCCUGGAAAGCCUUGGUUCACGACGGGGACACGGUCUCCGUUCACCGGCCGAGCUUUUAUGCCGAGCGAUUCCAGCGGUUCAUGUGCCAGGCGGUCUUCAAGAAGAUCCCUCUGAAAUCCUCCCCUUCCAAAAAGAGCCGCUCCGGGAUGGGUCCUCCGCGUCGGCCGGGCCAAACCGGGACCCCCGCCCAGGGCCUGAGCGAGACGAGAGUCCAGGUCACGAUGGAGGCCGAGAUGGAGCCAGGUUCCCUGUUGGGGCGCCCCGACCUGCUCCCCCAGACGCCCCCCGUUGAAGAGGCCAACAGCGACUCGGCAGCGACUACCUUAUCCACCUCUUCGCUGGGCAGUCCCGGGCACAGCUCGCCAGCCAUCCGCUCAGUGGGGGCAGAAGUGCUCCCAGCGGACGCCCCCAAGGACCCAGCGGUGCUCCUUCUGGAAAGUGCUUCCCCCAGCCCUUCGGCCACAGGGCAGCCUUCUGAGCCGAUGCAGCAGCCUGGAGAUUUGGCCGAAAGCGAAAUCAAUUGUUGAAUGUUCCCUGGAGUUGUUUUUUUUUCAGAGGGAACCUUAGCAGAAGAUCUUCUCCGCACUCUGCAUGGCCUGUCUCUUUGCGGGGGAGGGGGAGGGAGGGGGGGACCAGCCCCCCCGCCCCCUUUUGGAACUGCUGGCACCACAAACUCCUUUGAACUGAGCAGACGGAAGCCCACAGCGCCCAGCUCCGGGGCGCACGGGGGAUGGGGGGGCUCGGUGUCCAGCCCCCUCCAGCCUGGGCAGAGGACAGGGCGGCCCAGCCUGGUGGGGCUUCCGAGGAGAGGGGUGUCCAGAAGAGACGAGGCCCCUCUUUCCAAGCCCCAGAACGACCAUUCCAUCCUCACUUCCUCCCGGGGGGGUGUGUGUGGAAGCCGAUGCUGCCCGCUUGGAGAAGAUUGCAAAGGACGAACGCUCCCCCUUAAUGUUGGUUUUCUAAAGUUUAGCCAUGCUUCUUCUUUCAUGAAUUGCCGUAUCUGGGAGCUUCUUUUGUGAGGCCAGGAUCCUCUCAGCCUGCCCGUAUCUGGGGGGGGGGGGGAAGCUCUGUUUUUCAGUGCUGUAUCGUGGAAGGGGGGUCAGGAGCCUCCCCACGCCCAUCUCCCUGCUCCAGGACUCUCGUGGGCCUUGGCUGGUCAGCCUCACCUGCAAGGCUCGCCCAGAGUGAUGGGAGCUGGAGUCCAGAUGCGGCUGCUUUGCUCAAUGCUGCCAAGUACAGUUUUUCAGUGUUGUGCUGACGGACCAAACUGCACCUCCUCGCUCGCUUUGUGGCAAUGGGAGAUUUCAGUAUUAAAACCCCUCUUGACAAGCUUGUAGAAUUUCACUACAGUCAGGGCUCAUUUCCCCCCCUUCCCCCGUUUUAUAGCUUUUCCUCCAUUCUGGCUAUUUUUUAGCAAUCUGUAAGAAUGGUCACCCCUUUUUUGCACGUAGGGAGGGGGCGUUUUCCCCCCCUUUCGAGCAUCCUCACGGGUUGCGUUUGGAGAAAGCAACCCUCAACAUGGCUUUCCUUGCACCAAGCACGUUUUUCUGGCCCUAACAAAACCUCUGCAGCAACCGGAGGAAUUCUUGGCUGGGGUGAUUAUUCAGAAAAGGCUUUAGUGCGUCAAGAGGAAGAUGCAUCCCUGUCUGGCAGAGAGAACGUACCUUCGUUUUUUCCCACCCAGUUUUGGAGGGCGAGAAAGAGAAAGAACAGUUGUUUUUUCAGUGAGCUUUAUAGAUAUUUUUGUGAAGAAGCAUUUAAUGGGAAACAGACUAGCAUUCAAUGUUGGCUGCAGAGAUGGAUGAAGGGGCCACUCAGUCCCUAAAGAAAGUGAGAUCAGGGUAAAUAAAUUCUAUUUUUGAGAAAAGUUUGCAAGAGAGCAGGGCAUCUGUUUCACCUCAAAACACCAAUGUAUAAUCAAUCACAUGGCUGUUUGUGGAUAUGGGAUCCGCCUUCGGGGCUGGGUUGGUGGGGGGGUCUUGUUAAAUUUGAGCCUUGAAUCUCCUCAAACUGUUACAUGUUACGGAACUGUCUACAUUAGACUGAUUUGGAAGUGUCCUGCCACAAAAGUUUGUAAUUUAUAAACUUAUAUUUCAAGCCUG